UUGAUUGCGCUUUGUGAUAAACUUGUAGUAGUGUUUGAAUAAUUUAAUUACUGAUCAAAAACUAAUGGAUAAUCAAUUAGCUUAAGUGUCUGUUUUUAUUGUUUGAUUUUACUCGUAUUUGUUGAAUUUAUUUACUCUGUUCAAAAUGGUCCAAGAAUAUCAAUCGCCGGUGCGCGUGUACAAAUAUCCCUUCGAAAUCGUAAUGGCCGCGUACGAAAUGAGGUUUCCGACGUCCCAUCUAAUACCAGUGUUUGUCGGAAGCGAAGUGACAUCUGAUUGUACCUCAAGUGACGGUGCUAUCAGGACGACCGAACGAAGAUGUAAACUCGUAGUCGAAGCACCUUACCUAAUAAAAAAAAUUAUCGGAGUAGAUUUUGUUUAUUUUAUCCAAAAAAAUAUUUUGGAUUGGAGAGAGCGAUGUUUGAAUAUAGAAGCGACUAACGAGACAUUUUCCAAUCGUGUCAAUGUAAUAGAAAAAUGUCGGUACUAUGUUCAUCCGGAAAAUCCAGAAUGGACUUGUUAUGAGCAAAGUGCUUUGCUAGAUAUAAAAUAUUUUUUGGGUUUUGAACACACUAUGGAAAAACUUGGCAUGAAACAAUAUAUACAAAAUAUUUCCAAAGGUAAAGAAAUUAUAGAGUAUUACAUUGAAGAAUUGAGAAAAGAAGGAAUAACUACUGUUCCUCGUUGGGUGCCCAAUGGAGGUGAUCAAACAAAUGUGAAGUUAUCUGAAGUAAACCAAACCAGUCUUAGCAAAGACAGUCCGACAAAUUCAGAUUCACAAUCAAAAAUAUGGUUAGAAGAUGAAUAUAUCAAAAGGUACAUCGGAGAAUUGACACCAUUUCAAGAAUCAAAACUUGUUCAGUUCAAAAAGCAACUAUCCCAAUUGCAAAAAUCCAAAUUGCCUAGUGACACAACGCUAUUACGAUUUUUACGGGCUACCGAUUUCAAUAUUGAAAAAGCCAGGGAAAACUUGUUGCAGUCGCUUACGUGGCGUAAAAAGCAUAAUAUUGACAAUAUUUUAUCAGAACAUGAGUUUCCCGAGGCAAUUAAAAAAUAUUUCCCUUGUGGUUGGCAUUACCAUGACAAAGAAGGACGACCUUUAUAUAUUUUAAGGUUAGGACAAAUGGAUGUUAAAGGUCUACUUAAAUCUGUUGGCGAAGACUGUCUACUGAAACAAGCCAUGCACAUAUGUGAAGAAGGUCUAAAGUUAACAAAAGAAGCUACUCAUACGUCUGGCAAGCCAAUCACUACUUGGUGUCUGUUAGUCGAUUUAGAAGGGUUAAACAUGAGACACUUGUGGCGACCCGGCGUAAGCGCUUUACUUAGAAUAAUUGAAAUUGUCGAAACAAAUUAUCCGGAAACGCUGGGUCGAGUGCUUAUCAUUCGUGCACCUCGUGUGUUUCCUGUUUUGUGGACGUUAGUGAGCACGUUUAUAAACGAAACUACUCGUACCAAGUUCCUAUUCUAUGGAGGCAACGACUAUCAAGCUUCUGGCGGUCUGGGUGAGUUUAUUUCACCCGACAAUAUGCCAGAUUUUAUGGGAGGCAACUGCAUAGCCAAAAUUCCUGAGGGAGGUUUCGUACCAAAAAGUCUAUAUUUAAAAGAGGGAGAAUUGGAAAAAGAAACUUGUACGAUUACUGACGAAAGUAUAUAUGAAUCUGUAUCGCUUACCAAAGGCCAGUCUCAUGAAGUAUUUAUCGAAGUCGAAGAAUCUGGAUCAGUAAUUACGUGGGAUUUUGAUGUAAUCAGGCAAGAUAUUGUUUUUAACGUUAUAAGGUUACUUAUCGAAGUCCAACCAUCGACGCUGCUUAGUUGUGCUAAAGGUAACCUCAAUGCUAUGGAAAAAGGGUGGAAAGAAGGCGAACAUUUUGAAAAAGUUGAACAGACUGUUAUAUGCCAUGACGGCGAGAGUAUUCAAGGUUCGCAUCUCGUUACUAAUAGAGGUACGUACGUGUUACAAUGGUGUUGGCCGUCGGAAAACGUUGUGGCCAGUUCAGGACAUCACACUAAGGCCAAAAUCAUGUACUACUAUGAAAUGUUAAAAUCGGCCGAUUAUCGUGGUUCCAUGACGAGUUUAAUGUCGGCCAACAGCAAAUUUUCUAGUCUUAGCAACAGAUGAUAAGAACACAAUAUAGAUUUAUUGAAUUAUAAAUUAUAUACAUAGGUUUUUACCAAAAAUUCGAAAAAUUAGAAUAUAGAGAAUCCCAAAAACGAAUUUAGAACUAGCAAAAAAAAAAAAACCUAUAGAAAUUUAUUAUUUAAUAAACCUUUUUUGGUAUUCAUAUAUUUAUUUGUUACUAUUUGUGCCUCGCUAUGAUGCAUUUAUUUGUUUUUUGUUCAUUUUAUUGUAAUAUAUUAUUUUUUAUUACUAUUUAGCCAUAUAUAUAUUUAAUUAAUUAGAUAACUACGACAAAACUAGCCAUUGUCGAGUUACCAAUAAUUAAAGCAAAAUAUCACUUGGAAAAAAAAAAUGUAUUGAGUCGUUGUGAGUUCACUAAAAUUUGUAUUUGGUGUAAAAACAUGCACUAGCGAUUUAUUGUGUGGUCCUUUGAGUUGUGUAAUCUCAUAUAAUGUAAUUUAUUAAAUCUGUUAUCUCUUACUAUUAUCUAAUUAUUAUAUUGUCCGCCUCUAGUUAGGUUUUAUUCGUUUUUAGUCAAUUUUUUUUUUAUCGAGCAAUGUGAUCUGAUAACGUUUGGUUCGGACCUUAUUAAUAGCAAAUAGAUAUAUGUAUUAUAUUAUUAAUGUUUGCCGAUAGAUCUAAAUUAAUAUUUUCAUAGUUGACUACAUGGAAUUUUGGUCAAUUGUUUUUCUUGUAUAAUCUUUUAUUUAUAUACAUUUUUUUUCCUGUGAUCAAACCACGUUUUAUGAUUUUAAUCUACCCUCCCCCAACAUUAUACCUAAUUAUUUGUUUAUUAUAAUCUAAUUAUUUUUAUGAUUUUUCUUCUUCUCUGGUUGCUGUUAAUAAUUAAUAAAUUGAUUUAGCAAAAUAAAUUUGAUUUAAAAAC